AUGCCUUGUCUGUGCGUUGUUUACAGAUGUAGUAACAAGAAUGACAAAGUGGGUAGAGACAAAGGGAUGUCGCUUCAUCAUCUGCCUUUCUGGGGAGAUGAAAGGCCGUUGGCAAAGAAGAGAAGGAAGCAGUGGGUUGAUUUUGUAAAAAGAAUGCGAGCAAACUUUACCCCAUCCAAGUACUCAGCCAUUUGCUCGGAACAUUUCAAGGGUGAAGAUUUCAAAAACAGAAUACCUUCAUUGCCUGGAUUUAUGGGAAAGAUGCAGCCCGUUCUUAGGCGUGAUGACUUUGGUAUUGUUGCCUUUCCGUCUGUGUACUUGCCAACACCGCAAGAAGAACCUUCUGCAUGGCCUAAGUCGAUGACAUCCUCGAGAAAAACAUCGAGAGAUCAUCGUCAGAUUUUACGCGAUGCUCUCUCUCCCUCGUCAUCUACAGAGGCAUCAACAUUGACUGUUUAUGACCACACCGGGACUGAUGAAUUCGCUGUGGUUUUACAAGAAUGUGAAACGGAGAUAGCUGAUGAAGACUUUAGUAGGUUGCUUGCCAGACUGCUCUGAAUAGUUGUUCCAGCUGUAAAUGGUUGGGUACACAAAACAUGAGGCUGAGGAACCAGUGGCUAGCCUACAAAUUCAAGCUUCGCAAAUUAAAAACAAAGCACAAGAAAAUAGGUAUUUUAUGUUCCAUAGUUUUUCAUGUUCCUGUUUUGUUAGGGUAACAAGUUGCAAUAACAGCUUGAAACACAU